UCCACCCCAUAUUUGCGAUGUAGGCAACCCUCACACCGGGCAGAAACAGCAGGCUAUGCUGUCCAGCAGCAAGUGGCGGUGUUUUCCGAAGGAUUUCUUGGGCCUCUCCGCCGCCAUGACCGUCUUAAACAUGACGCAACUCUUCAGAUUAGUCUCAGAAGAGACUCCUUGUCGCGAGAGUUCAGAUUGCUCUACGUUGCAAGGUUAUGUUUGCUCGAACAACAGAUGCUGUGAUGUAAAUUAUCUCCAAGCGUGCGCCCCAGGCAUUGGAAAUCAUGGAAGUAAAUGCUAUAAUGAUAACAGUUGCUAUAACCCGUCUGAUCUUAAUUUGGUAUGUGCCACAGUCAACAAAACCUGCAAAUGCAGAAGGGGAUUUGUCUGGGAAAUUGAUUUAAAAAGAUGCCACAAAUUAGGAGAUGAUGACUAUGGACCAAACAAAAUCGGAACAGUCAGUGACCUGAUAGGCACCUUAAUUUUCAUCUUGGGAGUUGGAGCCAUGAUGUACCUUUUGCUAAAAUUAUUCUGCAAUUGUAGCAAACUCUGGCGCAGAGGCAACGCUGUUCCAAGAGCUGAUAUUCCCCGCAGCGAGGGAGACCCUCAAUUCAUCCCAAUGAACAGCGCUCCUGGCACGUGGGUUGCAUCAUACAGGGUAAUUGGUUCGUUGGACCACUCCCCAAGCUCGCAAUUUUCUGGUCGGAACCCAUCGAUGCCGCAGUAUCUGCUUUACCCUGGAGCCGCGCCACCCCCCUACGAAGAUGCUCUCAAGCACAAGGUCAUUCUCAGCAGCUACUGCCAGCCACCCCUGUCCCCCAUGUCGCUGCAGCAGGCGCAGAGCAACGUGCCAAUUGAAAGCGACUCCGUUUCAGUCCUUGACGAGCAAACAUCAAAUCUGCCGAAUACAAUGUUUUCUGAAGACGGCGUCCAGGAGCAGCACGGCGGCACCUCGUCCAGCUAGCAGCAUGAGUGGGUGUAAUUCGUCUCUUGAUAAAUUGCAGCGACUGUCUGAAUUUAAGAGGAAGAAAUGCACCCACCUAUAUUUAUAAUAACAUCACCUGCUCUUUAAAUUGUGAAGACUCAUAAUGAGACUUUCAUUGAUAUAAAUUACAUAAAAUAUAAUAUGUUCGUUCAGUGUGACUUUGAGAAACUGACACACACAAAAUGUCACAUAACAUUGAAUGGAUUAUGUAUAUAGUCACGUCUAUUUUUGUCAACUAAUUAAAUGAAAGGUACAAGAGGCGAUUGAGGCAUUUCAGUUGUAUGAGGUAGACGCAGGACACAAUUAGUGAGAAAUUUAAUUAUAUGAAAAGUGUGAGAUUCUGCGUAGAGGAUUGUCAUCGAAAAAAAAUCAAUGCUGUAUAGAUAUAGAAGAGCAAAAUGAGAUAAUAAUUAUAUUUGAAAUUAAGCCUAAUCAAGUGUAUUGAAAUUGUUUUAAGUUCUCAAUAAACAAAACCCCGCGCAAACAAA